GUAUAUAUUUCUUUAGUUUUGCAUAUAAUACGUAUUUACACUUUCUCUCUUUCAUGGCUGUCCGCUGUAAAAAAUAAAAAAGUAAAUAGAGGACUCAGAGACCGGGUUUUAGGCCCAGCUCUUUCGUCACUCGGGUCUUGGUCUACGUCUUGGAUUGUGUCAUUGAGAAGACGCAGAACAGUACGGAGUAUUAUUACAUAUUAUUUAUGUAUAUAUAGACAUAUAUGUAUGAAUAUAUAACAACGUUACAGCUUACAGAGGAUCAUUGAGAGCUUUGAGUGAGAAAAGACGAUACCGGUCGGCUAGAUGACAAUGAUAAAGACGAAGAGGGAGAGUGGAUGCUAGCUAGUGCAGAGUAGGGAUUUGAGCUUGGUUCCAACUGAAGAAAGGGAAAGAUAACGGUCACCGACGAAUAGAACCGGCAGGAGUACACACCGAGAACUCUCUUCUCGCGUCAGUCGCGUUUGUUCGGCUUAUUCGCGCGCACACAUUUAAUACCGACUACUUGUUCUGCGUUUUUAAAUUUUUAUUUUAUUAUCAAUUAAACAAUAAACUCAGUGCCCGCGCACGGCUGCUUUAUCAAACUUGUUACCGGCAAAUGUGCAUGUGUGUCGUGGAUUUAAUUGGAGAUUUUAAUGCGGAAACUUUGUGGCUCGCUGAUUAAUUAUUUAAUUGAAUAACAAACAAUAAAAAGUAUUCAUUGCAAGUGGAAAUAUUUUGGAUAAAAAUAAGUUACGAUGCCAAGCACUUGUAAUCGGAGCGUCGUGCUCUUAUUAAUGCUGUCUGUCGUCACGUUUUCAAACGGUGACAACAGUGUCCACAUAUAUUCUAAACUACAGCAAUACGUAACAUCCAGUACACUUAAUUGGCUUCCGGUAAAUCAUUAUGACCCAUCAAAAGAGAUUGUUAUUGGUGGUUUUCAACGUGUACCAAACGUUGAAACAAAUGGUCAAGAUUCCAUGACCAAAGAACGAGCAUUGUAUGUAUGCCGAGUUUACCACGGUGGGAUAUGGGUAGCCGGUAGCCAGAUUGAAGGACAAAAUCGCUGCACCGUUACGUCAUUAGGAAAUUUUUACUCUUAUGAGCGAUAUGAGUUACUCGAGAAUGUCGAGAAUUCAGCGCGUCUCAGUUGGCUCCCUUGGGACAAGUUUCGUAAAAUUCCAGCGGGUGCUGUUGCCGCGGACACGAUGUUUGUAGCCCGACACCCGGUUUCCGCUGGUGAUGAGGAAGACGACGGAAAGAAUGAUGGUGUCUCGCCAAGUUACACCCACUACAUUGGCACGCUUGAUCCUAAGGAUAAACUUGGGACAAUCACCUACGUUAAAGCCAAUGGAGAAACGGGUUCAAAAAGUGAAGGCGAGGUUCUCGUUGAAACAGAGCCUCUAUACUACGAUCUGAGGUCCGUUAAACUGAGUCAUCGUCGUAAGCGUGUUAUUAAAAAUGAACCAAUGAUACUUGGCGAGGCAACAAUAACCAAUUCACGGGAUGAACCAGCAAAGCUAGCAGAGGCGUUCGGAUACUCGUACAAAUAUUUCAGUUACUGGGGACAGGGUCACGCAAUGAUCAAAGCACUAAAUACCUCGGUCACACUUGUCAAUGGUACAAAGCUAAUGGACGUUGCGUGGGGAAUGGAAGAUAAAUAUAAUCGUACUGAUAUAUAUACCGUUGAGAUUUAUCUCGAACCAGGAACAGCAGUUAACGUAACACUCAAGGCUAAUUAUAUGGAUAUGGAAGUUCCAUACACUGGAGAACUUAUUUCACAUUACGAAGACGGACAGCAGAGAUCGCGAGAUAUCAGCGGAAUGCGUAGAGAAGAAACAAUGCGUGAUAUAACACCAGAGUUUAGUCCCAUAUAUUUUAUAAGUAACUUUAGCAUCGUUCCUACGACCUUGGCCCCUCCUACGACACGUGGAACCACCGGGACAACCACCAGCUUGAAAUCGAGCAGCACAUUUACCAGUUCUAGUACUGGUUACAGCAAAAGCGGGGCUACGUCAGAUGAAACGACUCCUGAUAUGUCAAUUAAGGAGGAUGAAGAAGAUGAAAAUUUGAUAAUACCCCCGAGGAAAAGCGACCCGGGCAUGCAGAAUGACGACGGCGGACCUCUUUCACUGAAGAACAAGGAACCAGUCGCUGUUACGGGAUUUUCAAAUGUAUUAAAGUCAAGUAUUACGUUAUUACUAACGUCCAUGUUUGUUAGUUUGUACAGGAUCACGUGAAGUGUAUAUAUUUAUAUUUAUAUUUAUAUAUAAAUAUGAAUUUUUUGUUAUUAGACAACUAUUACAAUUGAUUUAGUUAUUAUAAGAUUUAAGGUCGUAGAAAAAAAAAAAAUUUCCGUUGGAAGAAAAAAAAAUGAGUAAGAAAAACAAGGGAAUGUAAAAUUAUUAAUAUUUAAUUGUUAUUCUCACAAUUUAUGUGUGAUAACGCUUUUAAAUACUCGAGAAAAAAAAAAGUUACCAAGUUACAAUGAAUAAUUAUUUAAAUGGCGCGGUUAUGAUGUUUAUUGUUUUUAGUUUUUUUAUUUUUAUUUCUUUUCUUUUGGAAUUAACACCGAGACUUAAACGCGUUAUUGACCACAAUUUAUAUGCUUGCCUUUGACAAAAAAAAAAAAAAAAAAAAAAAAAAAAUAAAAAAGAGAAA